UAACGGAAAUCUCAAAAUAAAAUGCAUUUGGAGCCUGUAAGAACCGCCGGAAGUGAAAUCAGGCGAAUCUCCGGCAACAUUUUGAUACCGGAAUGUCAGAUUCCAGUAAGAAUUCAGCAGCUCAUUUGUUAAUAAGUGUUGACGUCUUUUUGGUUGUGCCUUUUUACACUCUGAUUCGAUCUCGCUUUUUUUAAGGUAAACACGGAAUCUGAUUCUCUUUUAUUUCUUCUGUAUUAAUUACAGCCUCUCUCUGCUACUGGUUUUCUGAUAGACUGUCAUUGAUGUUUAUAAAUAACGUUUCAUUUCUUCCUUCUUUUUGUUUUCUUUUUUCGCUCUUGAUCUGAGGGGUUAUUGGAGGAGAAGUUACAAUAAGAUAAAAAUUUAGGUAUCUCUGUGGUGUUGAAUUUGUUUAGAUUAAUUAUUGGUGUCAAUGUAGAUGAACAUGAUGGUUUUGGUUUGUUUGUUUGAUUUGGGGUAUUUUUUAUUGAUUUUCAUUUUGGGAAUUCUUUUCAACAUGCUGGAAUUUAGCAAUUAGCAAUAGUAAUGUUCCUUUGAUUAUUCUUUCAACCUUUUAAUUUAUCUAUUUAUUUCGUUUCUUUCAAUAUAUUCUAACAAUAAAUUUAUCAGUGGAUCUUUUUCUAAAUUUGCCAUCUCAAUCCAUACCCUACUGAAGUGCUAGUUGCUUUCUUCAGUUCAUGAUACAUAUAUAAAUUACUCCAUAGGUAUUUCUGCAUAUCUGAAAGCUUGAAUCAUGUUUUUAUUAAUUAAUAUCAUCAUUUUUUACUUUAAUUUAUUACAACCUCUUGAGAUUUGCAUUAGCAGGUGAUAAAAUGAACAGGAAUCAGAAUGAGAGAAAUAGGAAUUUGGAAAAACCUAUUCCAGGAUGUCUGGGAAGAAUGGUGAACCUUUUUGAUUUGAAUACAAGCAUAGGAGGAAACAGGUUGCUCACCGACAAGCCACACUAUGAAGGUUCCCCAGUGUCUCGGAGCCAAUCAGAUGUGUCAAGGAGUCGAAUAGUUGACGAUCAGAUAAAUGAUAAAGUGAUAGUGUCUGAGUUAGGAAAAUCUCCGUCAAAUAGGAAAUUAAAUGGGACGCCUAUAAAGAUGCUUAUUGCAGAAGAAAUGUCAAAGGAGGAGGGUCCUAAGCAAAGUCCACCCAAUUUGGUUGCCAAGUUAAUGGGGCUCGAUGCCCUUCCACAGCGACAUCAACUUGGUUCUGCAUCAUGCAGAACCAAUCUGAGAGGACCAAGGAACCAUUUGGGAUCAACGGGCUUUAUAGAGAAAGAGCAUGGAUUCUUAAAUACACGAGAACAUAAUGAGAUCAAUCUGUACCAAGAGCAGGGAGAGUACAAAGAUGUAUAUGAAAUAUGGCAGCAGUCCUGCAAAACGUGUGGUGAUUUACCACAACGGGGGAGAUGUAAACAAAGUAAGAAUGAGAAAAGUAUGGCUUUAGUUCGUGAGAAGUUCAUGGAAGCAAAGCGUUUAUCUACCGAUGAAAAACAUCGCCAGUCCAAGAAGUUUCAAGAGGCUCUGGAAGUUUUAAGUUCCAAUAAAGAUUUAUUCCUCAAGCUUCUGCAAGAACCUAAUUCCUUGUUUGCUCAGCAUCACAAUUUGCAGUCUGUUCCUCCACCUCCAGAUUCAAGACGCAUCACAGUUCUUAAACCUUCUAAGUUGGUGGAUGGUCACAAAUUAACUGGUUCUGGAAAGAAAAAUGGAAAACAGAUAAAUGAAACUGCGCAAAUGGGUCACUGUAAUAUGUGGGAUAAAAGCAAUUCCAGAUUUCUGCAGUCUCCUGAAUGCUAUAAAUAUAAUGGUUACCCAACUCAGCCGACUCAGCCAACUCGCAUUGUUGUAUUGAAACCUAGCUCUGGGAAGCCUCAUGAAAUGAAAGUUGUUGCUUCUCCUCCUUCAUCAUUAAGAACAUCAAAUGAUGAUGGAUUUUACGGGGAUCCAGAAGAUAGCGAGACACUGGAAUCAAGAGAAGUCCCAAAAGAGAGCACAUGUGGUAUGUCUGAAAAUCCAAGUAGCCACAGAAGAGACGAAACCCUGCUUUCUUCUGUUUUUUCCAAUGGUUAUAUUGGCGAUGAGAGUUCAUUCAGUAAAUCUGAAGUUUAUUAUGCAGCAGGGAAUCUGAGCGAUUCAGAAGUCAUGUCACCAACUUCUCGACACUCAUGGGACUAUAUUAACCGUUUUGGCAGCCCAUAUUCAUGCUCCUCCUUCAGCCGUGCAUCUUAUUCUCCAGAGUCAUCUGUAUGCAGGGAGGCUAAGAAGCGUCUGUCUGAAAGAUGGGCAAUGAUGGCGUUAAAUGGAAGUGUUCAAGAACAAAGACAUAUACGAAGAAGCUCUAGUACAUUGGGCGAGAUGCUUGCUCUUUCCGACUUAAAGAAGUCAGCAGAGUCAGAGGAACUAUGUAAAAAGAGAGAAGGGUCCAAGGCAUCUACCUCAUACUUGACUAUUGAUUUGAACAAGGCUGAAGAUGCUGACAGUAGUCCUAAAAAUCUUGCGAGGUCAAAAUCUGUUCCAGUAUCUUCUGGCAUAUCUGGUUCCAGACUCGGUGAAGACUCAGAUGUCUUGGACGGCAAAAAAGACGAUUCUAAGGAUUUGACCAAGGAAAAAGGUGUUAAAUCAUCAUUGUUCAAGGGUUUAUUUUUCUCCAAGAGUAGAAAGUCUGGCAAGCUGAAAUCCCACAAGUCCGAUGAUGAACAUCAAUCUGCUAUGCAUUCUCCAAGACGAAUUGGUACUGAUGGAUCUCAAUGCGUUAAUGAUAUGGUGGUUGAAGAUGUACCUGGACUAAAUGGAUCCUUGAGGAAAGCAUCUUGCCAAGGUCCAGCUGAUGCUGGGCUAGUAGGCGAGCAUCUACCCGAGAGGGGAUAUUCUGUCAGAAAGCCGGAAACUCCUGGGAAUGCCAAUGAGAACCAGGACCAGCCAAGCCCUAUUUCGGUCUUAGAAUUACAAUUUGAAGAUGAUGACCAUACAGCAGUUUAUUCUCGCAAUGCCAAGUUGGCUGAACAUGGAGCAGACCCUCUUAAACACAAUUUGAUCGAUAAAUCACCACUAAUUGGAUCCAUUGCUCGAACUCUAUCAUGGGACGACUCCGCGGUGGGGCCCACCACUCCCCUUCCUGGUAAAACCUCCAUGAGUCCAGAGGAAGAGGAGCAAGCAUGUUUCUUAUAUGUUCAAACACUACUAUCAGCAGCUGGAAUUGAUGGUGAGGUCCAGUCGGGUUCAUUUUCGACCAGGUGGCAUUCGCCCGAAACCCCUCUGGACCCACGUUUGAGGGACACGUACAUGAGCCUAACCGAUAACGAGCCACUAGUCGUUCACCGAGCCAAACAAAGACACCGAAAAUCAAUUCAAAGGCUCGUGUUCGACUGUGUGAACGAGGCCUUAAUAGGUAUCACAGGCUGCAGUGGGCAUGUGGUGGCGGAGCAUGUGUGGAGGCAGAUGAAGGAAUGGAUAUCCGGGGAAGAAAGGUGCGUUUGGGACAGCGAUGGCGGCACGGCGGCGGUGGAGAGGGUGGUGAGGAAGGAGGUUGUAGGGGAGGUAUGGGUGGAGCAUUUGAGAUUGGAAAUUGAAAAUAUAAAGAAGGAAAUAGAAGAGAAGGUGGUGAAGGAAGUUGUGGAAGAGUGUGUGAUAGAGUUGACAGAUAGAGGAGUGAUUUUGGGUUACAAUCCCUAGUUUAUAACAUCAUUAUUUGUGUAUGAUUAACAGUAUUUAUUAUUAUUAUAUUUUGCAAACA